GUCCUCCUCAUCGCCUCUGCUCCACUCUCUCCCCGUGGAAGCACAUUGUUCUACGCGGGCUCAUAAUACUAAGAACCGGUGAUUCUUUUUCCGCCUGUUAGCUAGUGAAAAAUUAACAAACUAUUAGAAAUUAGAGGAUACUGCUAACCAGAAGAAACGUUGGGACAGAUCUCAGGAUUUUUUUCCUUUUUUUUUUUCCAUCUGACUGUGGCAACGAAAUAAAGAUUUCUCUCUUCCUCUGCGGCUGACGAAUCGUAGCAUUUGUCGGUAAUUAGUCCUCUUCUUCAGUGUUGUGGACGACAGCGGCGAACAUGACGGAGUACAAGCUGGUGGUGGUGGGCGCUGGAGGCGUGGGCAAAAGUGCACUCACCAUCCAGCUCAUCCAGAACCACUUUGUGGAUGAAUAUGACCCAACCAUAGAGGACUCCUACCGAAAGCAAGUGGUUAUCGACGGGGAGACGUGUCUGUUGGACAUCUUGGACACUGCAGGUCAGGAGGAGUACAGCGCCAUGAGGGAUCAGUACAUGAGAACAGGAGAGGGCUUCCUCUGCGUUUUCGCAAUCAACAACACCAAGUCUUUUGAGGACAUUCAUCAGUACAGAGAGCAGAUCAAGCGUGUGAAAGACUCUGAUGAUGUACCAAUGGUGCUUGUUGGAAACAAAUGUGACCUCCCAGCACGCACAGUAGACACAAGGCAAGCCCAGGAGCUCGCCCGCUCCUACAGUAUCCCUUACAUUGAGACCUCAGCUAAAACACGACAGGGAGUGGAGGACGCCUUCUACACACUGGUGAGGGAAAUCAGACAGCACAAGCUGAGGAAGCUGAACCCGCCUGAUGAGAGCGGUCAGGACUGUAUGAGCUGCAGAUGUGUGGUAUCCUGAUGCAGCUCUCCAUUACAUGAGGAGGAGAAACGCUACAGCGCGAAGUGGCAGCAUGAAGUCGACAACUGAUGGAUAAAACAACUUAAAGAUGACAAAUGAACUUUUUUCUAAAGGACGAUGACUGAAGUGAAAGCUCAGAUGUAAACCAACAUGGCUGACUAAAACCAUAGGAAAAGAGGAUUUUUUUGACUGUUGCCUGAGUGGCUCGCUGAACUGGAUUGGUCCCGUCUCCUAAUCUCUCUUGUUUUUUAUUUUGUUUUUUUUUGGGGUCUACAUGGACCUGUGAGCGACACGGCUUUUGACUCUGAACAGGUUGUGGUUGCCUCACGUUUCUCCUGCUAACUUAUUGUUUUCGGUCUCAACACUGGUUGCAAAGAGGGGGUGUUUUCUACACGCUCCUUCUUGCCUUGAAACCCAACCCCCCCACCUCCCUACAGAGCCUCUGGAAAUACUGACUUACCUUCAUUUUGGAUGCAGAACUGGAAAGAAAUUGUACUUUUUAUUAUCACAAUGCAUAAAUAAUCAACCUCCACCUUCUCACUGUACCCAUACUGCUUUUUGUUCAGUUGUUGGACCAUUUUUAUCUGGAAAAGAUUGUUUCUUUUUUUUUUUUUACUAAUUAGCAACUGUAAAAGAAAUGUGUGGAUUUUGUUGUGAUUGGUAGAUUUCAAAGCCACUGGAAGAGUUGCUCAUUUCAAGCAGCACCUACUGUGACAUUAUUAUUAUUAUUAGCCCCUCUUUGAAAUGGUUAAAGGUCCUGGAGUACGUGUGUUAAAAUAAGUUGAUUUCAAGCAUGCAGGUGCAUUCACUAUUUACAAAAGUCUAAUUGUGAAAUUAUAUUUGCGAUGGCUAGUGUACAGUAUAUCCUGGUGCAAUAGGAUUCCACCCUCAAAACUACUAAAAGUGUUGGAAAUAAACUUUCUCCUUUGACUACUUCUCUGAUGGGGUCUGGUUUCACAGUGGAAAGCUGUGCAGGUUCAUUUUUUCCACAUUUCAUUUCAGUAACUUUAGUGUUUACAGCUGUUACUUAUGAAUUAUUCUUAUUUUUAGACUGCGAGAUUUGCUUCUUUAAAUCAAAGGCUCAGGAACCAAGGUCCAGGAAGGGCUCAUCUAACUUGUCCUGGCAGCCAAAGUAAAGGUGUCAGAAGUUGGUGUUGCAGACUGUUGUAGCGCACAAGUCCUGCCUCAGAGUCCAAACUUUAGUUUUUUUUUUUCCACAAACGCACACACCAUUAUAUCCUCAAGUUGUUCCUCUUUCUCUGCCACCUACGGCUCUCUUAAAAGAGCGACAGCAAGUCAGGUGCUCAUUCUAUGAAACCCCAUUAACUACAUGUGGGACUAAUGCGUGCGCCGGGUGGUGAAUGGUGGGUUGCUUGGACUUUUUUUAAUGCUUCUAGGCUUGCGCUGUCCGUGACUAAUUCCUUUGCUGCCUAAACGAGACUGAUGUGUUUAUUUUGCCUUAUCUCUCUCUAGUCAUUACCUCAUGUUUAGCAGCAAGCUUCACCACAGGUGAUUUCUUUUAUGUUUGAUCUGAUAAUAUAUAUUGUAUGUGAGAAAAACAAAAACAUAACACUACAGAUUAUUAUUUUGUACUCCUAUAAUAGCAUUUUUUUCUGGAUUGGAUUUUUUGCUGGUUGGAAACAGGAAAUCAACUUUAAAUGAGAAGCAGACUGAAUUAAAACAAGUAGAUACGAAAGAAGAAAAAUGGAAGAGAUCGAUAUAACAUUUAACAAAAAGAUGUACCGCAUUGAUUCAUCGCAUACGGAAAUGUAUUAACUAGCAGGAUCUAAAAUUUGCUUUACCUGUGAAUCUUGGGCAUAUUUUCAGGCUUCAGUAAAUAAUUUCAAAUGUUACUGGCUACAUUUUUAUCAUAUCUGAUCUUUGCUGAUUGUUGUAUAGUCAAUACCAGAAAUAUUGACUAGACUGCUUAUGUGAAUUUUAAUGGUCAGUUUUGUUGUUUUUGUUACUUGUCCGUUUCUCCUUCAGAGAAAAGGACACAGACUGUGAAUGUUUAGUUCUUUUAAAUUUAGUUCAAAAGACGCCUCGUGUAAAGAUAAAGGAAAUGAUGUAGGGGAUCAUUGUUGACCCCACUAGGUGGUUUUAUUGGGAGAUUAAAAACUAAAUUUUUGUUAAACAUGUGGAUACAGUUGUAGUUUAAAACCUUUCUUUCACUGUCAUGUUUUUUUCUAGUUCUCCCACAGAUUAAGCAUUGAACCCCACAAAUUUCUAUGCACACAAACUCCCUGUUACAUUAGAGAAAAGCAGCUGCUUGGUGUGUAAAUACUCAGCCUGCAAAUCACCUACAUCAUCCUGACUUGUCUGAAACCUUGGCGAGCUUGACGGACUGUGGACCAUUGAAAUGGGACGGCUGGUGGUUUGCACAAAGGUGCAGUGAGCUCGUUCGCUCAUCUCUUCUCUGGCAAACUGGAUCUGAGGCGUUAAAGAGUUUUGUGAAAAUGUCAGCUGUGUAGCUAUUUAAAAUGUAUUUACUCUUUAAAAAAAAUGUGGCAAAUGUAUUGCAGGACAAGAAUAAAGAUGUCAAGAUGAA